GCCUCCACCCGGACCCAGCGCUCGUCCCGUCCCGUGGUGACCUGCAGGCUGGCCGGGGACAUGAGGCUGGCCCGCGCCCUGCUGGCCCUGCUGCUGCAGGCCUGCUGGGUGGCCGCACAGGACCUCCCGGUGGCCUCGAAGGCCAUCGCUUUCCAAGACUGCCCCGUGGACCUGUUCUUCGUGCUGGACACCUCUGAGAGUGUGGCCUUGAGGCUGAAGCCCUACGGGGCCCUGGUGGAUAAGGUCAAGGCUUUCACCAAGCGCUUCAUCGACAACCUGAACGACAGGUACUACCGCUGUGACCGCAACCUGGUGUGGAAUGCGGGCGCGCUGCACUACAGUGACGAGGUGGAGGUGAUCAGCGGGCUCACGCGCAUGCCCGCCGGCCGUGACGCGCUCAAGGCCAGCGUGGAUGCCGUCAAGUACUUCGGCAAAGGCACCUACACCGACUGCGCCAUCAAGAGGGGGCUGGAGGAGCUGCUCAUUGGGGGCUCCCACCUGAAGGAAAACAAGUACCUGAUUGUGGUGACCGACGGGCACCCCCUGGAAGGCUACAAGGAGCCAUGCGGGGGCCUGGAGGACGCAGUGAACGAGGCCAAGCACCUGGGCAUCAAAGUCUUCUCCGUGGCCAUCACGCCCGACCACCUGGAGCCCCGUCUGAGCAUCAUCGCCACGGACCACACGUACCGGCGCAACUUCACAGCGGCCGACUGGGGGCAGAGCCGCGACGCGGAGGAGGUCAUCAGCCAGACCAUCACCACCAUCGCCGACAUGAUCAAAAAUAACGUGGAGCAAGUGUGCUGCUCCUUCGAGUGCCAGCCGGCCAGAGGACCUCCGGGGCCCCGGGGCGACCCCGGGUACGAGGGAGAACGCGGGAAGCCUGGGCUCCCAGGAGAGAAGGGAGAAGCCGGAGACCCCGGAAGACCGGGGGACCUCGGCCCUGUGGGAUACCAAGGCAUGAAGGGAGAAAAGGGCAGCCGAGGGGAGAAGGGCUCCAGGGGACCCAAGGGCUACAAGGGCGAGAAGGGCAAGAGAGGCAUCGACGGAGUGGACGGCAUGAAGGGAGAGGCAGGGUACCCAGGCCUGCCAGGGUGCAAGGGCUCCCCCGGCUUUGACGGAGUUCAAGGACCCCCUGGACCCAAGGGCGACCCUGGCGCCUUCGGACUGAAAGGAGCAAAGGGGGAGCCUGGAGCGGACGGGGAACCUGGGAGACCCGGGAACACAGGACCUCCCGGAGACGAGGGUGAGCCUGGAGAGCCUGGUCCCCCCGGAGAGAAGGGAGAGGCUGGUGACGAGGGCAACGCAGGACCUGAUGGGCCUCCCGGAGACAGGGGUGGCCCUGGAGAGCGAGGACCCCGGGGGACCCCAGGCGUGCGGGGGCCGAGAGGAGACCCGGGCGAAGCUGGACCCCAAGGUGACCAGGGCAGAGAGGGCCCCGUCGGCGUCCCAGGAGACCCGGGUGAGGCCGGCCCCAUCGGACCUAAAGGCUACCGAGGCGAUGAGGGUCCCUCAGGGCUCGAGGGUCCCCGAGGAGCCCCAGGACCGGCCGGGCCCCCUGGAGACCCGGGGCUGAUGGGCGAGCGGGGUGAGGACGGCCCCCCUGGAAAUGGCACUGAGGGCUUUCCCGGCUUCCCUGGGUACCCAGGCAACAGGGGUCCUCCUGGCAUAAAUGGCACAAAAGGCUACCCUGGCCUCAAAGGGGACGAGGGUGAACCUGGGGACCCUGGAGAAGACAACAACGAGGUCUCACCCCGCGGUCCCAAAGGGGCGAAAGGAUACCGAGGCCCUGAGGGCCCCCAGGGACCCCCAGGACACACGGGACCACCUGGGCCAGACGAAUGCGAGAUCUUGGACAUCAUCAUGAAGAUGUGCUCGUGCUGUGAGUGCAGGUGCGGCCCCAUCGACAUCCUGUUCGUCCUGGACAGCUCUGAGAGCAUCGGCCUGCAGAACUUCGAGAUCGCCAAGGACUUCAUCAUCAAGGUCAUCGACCGGCUGAGCAGGGACGAGCUGGUCAAGUUCGAGCCGGGGCAGUCGCACGCAGGCGUGGUGCAGUACAGCCACAACCAGAUGCAGGAGCACGUGGACCUGAGGAGCCCCAACAUCAGGAACACACAGGACCUCAAGGAGGCCAUCAAGAAGCUGCAGUGGAUGGCGGGCGGCACAUUCACGGGCGAGGCUCUGCAGUACACCCGGGACCGGCUGCUGCCGCCCACCCCGAACACACGCAUUGCCCUGGUCAUCACCGACGGGCGCUCCGACACCCAGAGGGACACCACGCCCCUCAGCGUGCUCUGCGGCCCCGACAUCCAGGUGGUCUCCGUGGGCAUCAAGGAUGUGUUUGGCUUCACGGCGGGCUCCGACCAGCUCAACGUCAUUUCCUGCCAGGGGCUGGCGCCCCAAGGCCGGCCCGGCAUCUCGCUGGUCAAGGAGAACUACGCGGAGCUGCUGGACGACAGCUUCCUCAAGAACAUUACCGCCCAGAUCUGCAUAGAUAAGAAGUGUCCAGAUUACACCUGCCCGAUCACGUUCUCUUCCCCGGCCGACAUCACCAUCCUGCUGGACGGCUCGGCCAGCGUGGGCAGCCACAACUUCGACACCACGAAGCGCUUCGCCAAGCGCCUGGCCGAGCGCUUCCUCUCGGCGGGCAGGACGGACCCGGCGCACGACGUGCGGGUGGCCGUGGUGCAGUACAGCGGCCGGGGCCAGCAGCAGCCGGAACGGGCGGCCCUGCAGUUCCUGCAGAACUACACGGUGCUGGCCGGCACCGUGGACGCCAUGGGCUUCUUCAACGACGCCACCGACGUCAACGACGCCCUGAGCUACGUGACCCGCUUCUACCGCGAGGCCUCGCCCGGCACAGCCAAGAAGAAGGUGCUGCUCUUUUCCGACGGCAACUCGCAGGGGGCCACAGCAGAGGCCAUCGAGAGGGCCGUGCAGGAGGCCCAGCGGGCGGGCAUCGAGAUCUUCGUGGUGGUGGUGGGCCGCCAGGUGAACGAGCCCCACGUCCGCGUCCUCGUCACUGGCAAGACGGCCGAGUAUGACGUGGCCUUCGGCGAACGCCACCUGUUCCGCGUGCCCAGCUACCCAGCCCUGCUCCGAGGCGUGUUCUACCAGACCGUGUCCAGGAAGGUGGCACUGGGCUAGCGGUGCUGGCAGAGUGAACACGGGACACGCGUGCUCCCGGCCAGGCCGGCCAGCUGCAUGUUCCUUGGAGUACAGUCAGAAUCGCGGUGCACACGUGUGCUCGGCACACGUCCUCCCUGCCCCAGCACCCACUCCCUGCCCCAAGAUUCGGCCAGUCCCACAACCCCCGGAUCAUGCCCUCUGACCUCUGAGGAGCCGGCCGCCCGGUCAGAACCCAGCUGAGCCCCUCUUCUCCUCUGGGACUUCUGUUGUACUCUGGGGACCCUGUCCGGUGUGUCCGGCUCCUGCAUGGUCCCUGGGACGCUGGCUGUGUCGUUCCCGGUGAGCCCCGGCCUGAAGGACACCUUCCCGGACGGUCCUCGGUGUCGGGCGGGGGCCCCAGAAGCAGACCCCCUCUUCAGGGAACAGCAGGGAAUGGGGCUCUGAGCCCAAGCACAGGUGCUGCCCAGCCGAGGGCCCCUCAGGUCCACGCAGAGGCUGUGUGGGGCACACAGCCCGGUGCCCGUGGACGGCCCAGCCCUGCCCGCACAGCCGUUCCCCUCCCGUGUCCCCGCUGUCGCUCCCCGCUGCCCCUUUCUCAGCAGCCCUGUCAACGGUGUUUCCCAAUAAAGGUUUUUACUCUCA